AUGGUGGAGAAAGAGAUCUUGGACACAUUCCGAAAGGUGGAAGUAAACAUCCUUUUACUUGAUGAAAUCAAACAAAUUCCGAGAUAUGCAAUGUUCUUGAAGGAGCUUUUCACCAACAAGAGAAAGUUGAAAGGGAAUGAGAAAAUCUCGAUGAACGAAAAUGCAUCUGCGGUUUUACAAAGGAAGCCUCCACCCAAGUGUAAAGAUCCUGGAAUGUUCACGGUCCCUUGCAAGAUUGGAGAUGUCAUCUUUAGUAGUGUUAUGCUUGAUCUUGGUGCCUCUAUCAAUGUCAUGCCUUACUCAAUGUAUGAAUCAUUGAAUGUCGGACCCUUAAGCGAAACUAGUGUCAUAAUAUCUCUUGCGGAUAAAUCAAGUGUCUUUCCUAGAGGUGUUUUGGAAGAUGUCCUAGUUCAAGUAAACCAAUUGGUCUUCCCGGCGUAUUUCUAUGUGAUUGACCUAGAUGAACAAGUAUCCUCAAAAUCGGGUAUAAUCUUAAUUGGGCGACCAUUCUUGAAGACGGCUCGAACAAAGAUUGAUGUGUAUGCGGGAAGCUUGACAAUGGAGUUUGACGGUGAAACAAUAAGUUUCAACAUUUAUGACGCUAUGAGAUAUCCUAGUGAUGUUUCAUCUUUGUGUUUUGUUGAUAUUAUUGAACCAAUGACCCAAGAGUUUUUCGAGUUGUGUGAUGAUGACGUAUUGGAGAUGAUCUUGAGCAAGGGGUUUGACUAUGCAAAAUUAGCCAAGAAAUUGAAGCUUUACUCACUAGAUCCUGAAAUUGAAAGAUUAGUCAACAAUUUGGAAAUCAAGAAGACCACCCAAUUUAGUGUGAAGCAAAUUGAAUUACCUCAAACUCACACGAGAUUGCCACCCUCCCUUGCCCAACCGCCCGAAUUAGAAUUGAAGGUCCUCCCUCAACAUUUGAAGUACGCGUACUUAGGAGACAACGAGACCCUUCCGGUUAUCAUUUCAACUCACCUAACCAAGUUUGAAGAAGAACAGCUCGUCAAGGUGCUGAGGGAACAUAAAGAAGCCAUGGGUUGGACAAUUGCGGAUAUUAAAGUAUUGAGUCCAUCCACUUGUAUGCUCAAGAUCCUAAUGGAGGAUGAAUGCAAGCCAAGUAGAGAUGCAUAA